AUGGUACAGAUAGAGAUUCACAGCCCACUGGGUUAUAUCCAAUACUCUGGCGCUUUAACAACAAUUUGUUUUUUAAAUCACACUGUUCAGUCACAUGUUGUUAAAAACCCCCUGGUGAAUAAGGUUGGUGUAGGUGGCACUGGUUUGGCAGAAUAUCGACAGACUGUUAAAAACCCCCUGGUGAAUAAGGUUGGUGUAGGUGGCACUGGUUUGGCAGAAUAUCGACAGACUGUUAAAAACCCCCUGGUGAAUAAGGUUGGUGUAGGUGGCACUGGUUUGGCAGAAUAUCGACAGACUGUUAAAAACCCCCUGGUGAAUAAGGUUGGUGUAGGUGGCACUGGUUUGGCAGAAUAUCGACAGACUGUUAAAAACCCCCUGGUGAAUAAGGUUGGUGUAGGUGGCACUGGUUUGGCAGAAUAUCGACAGACUGUUAAAAACCCCCUGGUGAAUAAGGUUGGUGUAGGUGGCACUGGUUUGGCAGAAUAUCGACAGACUGUUAAAAACCCCCUGGUGAAUAAGGUUGGUGUAGGUGGCACUGGUUUGGCAGAAUAUCGACAGACUGUUAAAAACCCCCUGGUGAAUAAGGUUGGUGUAGGUGGCACUGGUUUGGCAGAAUAUCGACAGACUGUUAAAAACCCCCUGGUGAAUAAGGUUGGUGUAGGUGGCACUGGUUUGGCAGAAUAUCGACAGACUGUUAAAAACCCCCUGGUGAAUAAGGUUGGUGUAGGUGGCACUGGUUUGGCAGAAUAUCGACAGACUGUUAAAAACCCCCUGGUGAAUAAGGUUGGUGUAGGUGGCACUGGUUUGGCAGAGUAUCGACAGACUGUUAAAACCCCCCUGGUGAAUAAGGUUGGUGUAGGUGGCACUGGUUUGGCAGAAUAUCGACAGACUGUUAAAAACCCCCUGGUGAAUAAGGUUGGUGUAGGUGGCACUGGUUUGGCAGAAUAUCGACAGACUUGCAAUUUCCAACCAAUACGAAAAGGAGGGAAAACCUGGCAUCAAAGAUUUUCUAAAAGGUGA